AGGUAUAAAAAUGUAACAAACAGAAUAUUUUGAAAUAUAAUUACUUGAAGAAUUGUCAUUCAGUGACUUUCUUUCUUCGACACGGGACAGAUGACGCGUUAGCAAAGAGUGAACUGAAGUCCAAACAACGAAGUAAACGCGUUCGUUCGUGGUCUUAUAGAUUACAGACUGAAUUUUAACCUUUGAACAAAUUGCCAUGUGCUUAUUUUGGUCUCAGGAAAAUGGAACUUCUAUCCGAUCAGGGCUUCAGGGUUGAUGGACGAAAACCACAUGAAUUAAGGAAAGUACAGUGUCGAUUAGGGGUACUGUGUGACGCUGAUGGGUCUUCGUACAUUGAACAAGGAAACACCAAAGUUUUGGCUGUUGUAUACGGACCUCACGAGGCACGAGGUGGGAAAUCAAAAUCACAGCAUGACAAGGUAGUUCUAAAUUGCCAGUACAGCAUGGCUACGUUCAGCACCGGAGAAAGGAAGCGAAGACCAAAAGGAGACAAACAAUCUCAAGAAAUUUCGUUGAACCUCAGAAGAGCGUUUGAGGCUGCUAUUUGUACAGAGCUUUAUCCACAUUCUCAAAUUGAUAUCUUCUGGCAGGUUCUUCAGUCAGACGGGGGAAACUUGAGCGUUUGUAUCAACGCUGCAACGUUAGCGUUGAUCGACGCAGGAAUCCCAAUGAAAGAUUACGUCUGUUCCUGUUCAGCGAGUUUUGUCAACGAUACCCCUCUCCUGGACGUCAGUUAUAUCGAGGAAUCGCAAGGGGGUCCGGAGAUGGUGGUGGCGCUCUUUCCACGAUCUGAAAAAAUUAUUCAUCUUAAGAUGACCUCAAGAUUGCACGUGGAUCACUUGAGUAGUGUAAUGGACUUGGCAUGUAAGGGAAGUCGAGAUAUGUUUGGCAUUUUGAAUCAAGCUGUUCGCCAACACGUCAGUGGCCUAUCUCAAUCGAUGCAAAUUGGUUGAUUUCAGGGGAAAAAUAUGGCCACUUGACCUUCUUAUUCCAUAUUGUACUUUAUACUCAUUAAUUUUUUUUUAUCUUGAAUAAUUAAAAAAAAUAUUGAAAUUUAUUGUACAUUAAUAUAUGCUGGUUUUUGAAAGAGAAUGGGAAAAAAACCACUUCAGACAUAAUGUGGCACUGUAAUGGUUAUGGUCUUCAAUAAUACUGGGUCUCUAAAGGCAGUAACUAAGGCCAUAUUUCUGCAGCACUUAUUAUCCGAUUAAUUAUAGGAAAGCGGCCAUGCACAGAAUUCUUUGGGGUAGUUUUUUGAGUUUCGAAGGCAACUAGUAGUUAAUACUAGUAGGCCUAAACCAAAGACUGCAUAAUAAAAAGCUAGUAAAUUUUUCAUGCUUAUUAAAUAUUUUAAAAAUCCUAAAAAGGCUCCGCUCGAUGUCCCUGCAUAUUAUUUAUAUUGUACCAUAAAAGCUAGCAUUCAUUUCGUCUUCUUCUCAAUCCUUAUAUAGAAGUACAAUGAAACAUCACUGCAACAGUACAUUUCCCAAAGCGAAAAUAGUACUGUACGAUUUCGUUCUUGGCCUAGGCCUAUCCAUCUUGCACAAAAAAGGGUCACCUGCGAGGUCAACAAAACGGAUAUUUUGGUGUUAAACACAUUGCAUUGUUGGCCAUAACAAUAUUUUGAGGGAAUUUUAAAAUAAUUUAUUGGAGAAAUUGUAACUUUUUUCUGUUAUAGUUUAAGUAUGAUUAAGUUAGAGAAAAAAACAUAUGAAACCCUAGAGACUGUAAAUCCUAGACAGGGGCGGCGCCAGGAAUUCCCUGACGAGGGGUCAAAGCUCCCAUCGGGAAGCCUAGACCCUGGUGGGGAAAAAAAUUUAAUUUUUAUUUUUAUUAAAAGAUAAUAAAAUUUCGUGUUAAUUAUGGGAUUCUUCAUUUAAAAAGGAUGUUGGCGGUACCAUUCCCCUGUAGGGUAAGAGCUGGCACACCACUGCAACCCAUACGAUUGCAAUAGUAUACAGCACCUCACACAUAUGGUAGCACUGCUCGCAUUAAUCGGAUUUUAAUCCCUAAAAUUUGACAGCUUAGUAAGGCAUGCUUGAAUUGUACUUUCGGUGCUCAAAAUUUAAUUUUCCCGGAUAGGGAAGUCCAAGCAGAGGGUCCAGAAGUCUCUGACGGGGUUCUUUUUCCCCUUGGUUCCCUGCUAGCCCUGCCCUUGAUGCUAGGUCACUUUCCGAAAAAAAAAAAAUUAUCAAAACACAAGGAUGACAAGUUAAAAAUUUAUUCUAUAGGCCUAGCACAAUGAAACUUGACCUAUCAAUGAUAAGAAGAAAGUACAUGCACAAAGGCAGCUUGAAAUUCAUACAAUAAAGACAAUGCGUGUAUAUAAUAUACUUGUUAAGUUUUAAUUACUCAUCUUGAUGACCAUAAGCUCUGUUUGCACUAUAAAGUUUUAUGUUUGAAAUACAUGUGACUUGCAUAUUGGUGCCGUACUGUAAAGGCUUUUAAUUGCCGUGAAUAAUAUCU